CUCCGAGGAGAGGGCUCGGGAAGGCUCCUGGUCGCCGCUGCUGUAGUGAUGGCUUCCAACGAAGUUGGUCUCCGCUGUCGGGAUCCGCUGAACUGAUCUGCGGAGUCGCGAAGGGCCUACCUUUACCGAGAGUCGUAAGAUCAGAUACUACGGGCAGUAUCUGAAGAUGGCGCAGAACUCUGUGUCCCUGUCCGCCGGCGAUCGAAGGAGUCGGGUGGCUUACCUUAGCUCUUCCCACGGUGACCUCAGCUCGUCGGCCUUAGCGUUGGCGAUGGUCUCCGGAGACAGCUUCCUCGUUACCAGGCCCGAAGCGAUUCUUCCAGAACCUGUUCCUCGACCCUCCGUGCGGCUGAACUUCCGGACCGAGAGCCGUCGGGCGCCUGGUGGCGGCCGAAGCCCGACCCGCUUUAACGAGGGAAGGGAACUGGAGGCGCGGAGCCGAAGCCGCCAGGCCAGAUUCUCACCUUACCCUGGCCCUGCGGUGAAACUCGACCUUCUAAGAAGUGUCCUGCAACAGCGUCUGGUGGCACUUGGAGGAGUUAUCGUAGCCCGUCUUUCAGCUUAAAACCAAUACCUUCCUCGGCCCUUCAAUUAGCGUGUGAACAAGGCCUCUCUCUAAAAUACAUUCUUGGUGCA